CAAUGGUUAAGCAUAUAGUUUAGUCUAUUUAUCCGAGAUCUGCAAAUAUUAUCAAAUAGAAUAUACAGAGGAAAGCUCAAUCGUGUCUACAUUAUCCCUCUUCUCUCGUCCCCACCCUCUCCCCUACCUCCUUUUCCCACCUCCCCCUUGUUGCCAUGGCAUCAGACAUGCCCCCCUUUCCUCCUAGAGGGCAGAACCCUCCGCCCACCCUCUCCAAUGCCCUCAACAAUCACGCUUCAUCUCCAACAGACCCGACGGCCUCCGGGGACAAGACGGCUGGCGGGGGAGGGGGUAAUAUCCCGAUUACUCUGGAGGAGUUUCUGAAAGUGGGCUCUGUGAUGAAGGCAACGACUGUUCAUGGGGUGGUUCAUCAGGGGGAAAUCUUGGCUGUGGACAACAAGACAAAGUUGGCGUUCAUGGCUGUUCCCUGUGGCACGGGAAAUGGCAAGACGUCCAGUGGGGAUUCGGCAAAACACAACAUAGUCAUGUUGAACCUGAACACGUUGCAGGCUCUGGACAACAUCAAAGAGCCGCCUCAGGACUCCAACGACGCCCUAGCACAGCUUACAUCAUGCAGACCGCAAGAUGCGGAGGAUCGACUGCGGCUGAGUGUUGCGGGAAAGAAGAAGCGAGUGGAGAGUGUGGGAGUGGGAGUGAGUCCACAGGCACAGACUCUCUUCGACAAGCUAAGCAUGCAAUAUUCGUGUUCGUGGUUUGGAACUGCGAUCAAAAUAGACACUCUGAAUGUGACAGUUCAUCCGCCUUACUACUCCUCAGACAACAACUGUGUCAAAGGCAUGGACUUGAUAAACUCACACUCGAUUGGACACGUGAAGAAAGUAGUGGAGAACAUCUGGCUGAAGGAGAUGCAUCAACAUUCGUCGUCCAACAAUCACCGAACCACCUCCCAGCCCCAGCCCCAAACGCAAGUUCAAACCCCCCACCCCCAGCAACAACAACAAACAAAUGUAAACAGCAAAAAGACAAACAAUAACAACAGCAGCACUUCUGGUCAGACGAACAAUAAUGCAAAUGCGAAGAAAACUUCAGCUGCGAAUAACAAUAGUGCGACUAGUUAAAAGAGGCUAACUAUGAAGAUUGGAGUCAGAAGUACCUAAAAUGAUGAACUAUCUGGUUGGUAUAAUAUGGCAGAAGUUUUGGGCAAUGUAAUAAAGAGGAAGAAUGAAAACUUUUCCACAUUUGUUCAGGCGAUUGCUCAAGUGAUGUAGUUAACAAUGAUGGUGUGAAAUAGUCGGCGAGUGUUCUCUAACCAUCUUUCAUGUAUCUUCUUAUCGUCACAUGUUUAACCCCUUGUACACAUAAUUGGAUGUCUUGUCUUGAUACUAAGAUGUAAUCUAAAUCUAAAUGAAUCAAGCUCAUAGCCAAUUUUAAAUAACCAAAAUAUGAUCUACAUGGAUUACAUAGAAAAAAGUGCGAGUUUGAAACAUAUUAGAUUGGAGUGUCAUCGUUUCUUCGAAUUGUAAAUGAAAAUUGCAGCAGAUUUGAGUGUGUAAUAAAUUGUGUUCAAAGAAGAAUGAAAGUGAUAGAGUUUUAAAAAGUUAAAAAAUGAUGUCAAGAUUCCACCUGUUAUAUUAUUAUUAUGCCUUCGUUAUUCUGCACAGCUGGCGUGAAAAUAUAAAUAAUAGUAAUCAAGAGGGGAGAAAAAAAUCGAAAAACUGUUGCAAUGAAAAACUUAAGAUCU